AUGAUUACACAUGUUCCAAAACCUUUUCUACCAAAAGGGCCAAUUUUUAAUAUCGUUCGUUAUUUUGCAAAAUCGCUAAUUGAAGUUGGUCAUUGGAAAAAUAACUUUGAUGUGGGUUAUGCUAAAGAUAUUGGAGAAAAUUUUCGAGACGAGCAAAAUGCAAAACAAAAGAGUAGCGUGACAACAAGUUUUUUAUACAAACUUACCGAAAUAGCAGCAUAUACUUCUGCAGUAGCUUCUGAAGCAUAUCAAACAUUCAAUAAAACCUUAAAGACAGAUGAAGACGAUCAUAGCAAUAACUCAUUUUAUGAUAUGUAUGAAGAAGAUAAUGUAUUGACGAUUGCGGAUGGUGAUGAAACAGAUUUAAAUGAUGAUGAGUUAAGUGAUAAUUCUUGUUCCUGGUCAGUUAAUGAUGAAGAUGAACCACCACCACCUUAUGAUAGUUCUUGGACUAUGCCUGCAACAUCAACAAAUAACAAUACAGGUCAGCAAAAUAUUGCAAACUUACCUAAAAUUUCAACAUCACCCAAAAAAAUAUCAUUUUCAAUCCCUCAAAAUGAAGAUCAAUCAACAGAUACUUCAUCUGUCCCUGCUACACCAACACGCCGUAGACAAAUUCGCGUACGUCGUGGUCGACGAUUACUCCGACGAAAAACCUCUUCUGUUGAACUUCAAAGUACACAAAGAACAAAUAAUGGGCGCGGAGGACCUAUGGACCAAGACGAGUUGUUGCUUAAAGUUAAUGAAAAGUUGUCAGAUAUGAUAUCUCAGGGCACAGCAGCAUUGAACAGUACUGUUGAUGUAACUGAAGUUGAAAUGAUGCUCUCAGAAGAAAGAGAACGCGAAGAAAAAAUAAUGAGAGAACUUGGACUUCAAUCACCUAUUGGACGUCGUAACAAAAGGUUUACUAAUUCGCCAUCUUCGGACUAUGAAUAUUAUAGCUCUUUAUCUGAUUCUGGCAGUUAUUCUGCACCAGAAACAUCUUAUUGUGAAUAUGGUUAUGGUUCUAAUAGUGGAUUUGCCUCACCAACUGGAUAUGAUACUCCUUUAAGAUAUGGUCCAACAGCUCAUUAUAAUACACCCAUAACUUACGGUAGCAAAUUUAAUGAAUCGUCUCCAAAUGAAUUUUCCGGUCCAAUUCCAACUAGAUAUCAUGGGAUACCACCAUCACAAAUACAGCCAAUGCCACAACACGCUUACAAUGAUUUGAUACCAAAUGGAUAUAAUGUGGAGGGGGUUUUGGAUCAAAUUCCAGUCGCUUUACAAAUAAUAUGA